GCGCCCGUGCCGCGGCCCCGCGUGGCUGUGAAGAUGGCUUUCCGUAAGGCCUACUCCAUCAAGGACAAGCUGCAGGCCAUCGAGCGCGUCAAGGGCGGCGAGCGGCAGGCCAGCGUGUGCCGCGACUUCGGCGUGCCCGGCGGCACGCUGCGCGGCUGGCUCAAGGACGAGCCCAAGCUGCGCUGGUUCUUGGAGCAGUUGGGCGGCGAGGUGGGCACGCAGCGCAAGAAGAUGCGGCUGGCCAACGAGGAGGAGAUAGACCGCGCCGUCUACUCGUGGUUCCUGGCGCUGCGCCAGCACGGCGUGCCGCUGUCGGGGCCGCUUAUCCAGGCGCAGGCCGAGGCCUUCGCGCGCCAGAUCUACGGGCCCGAGUGCACCUUCAAGGCCAGCCACGGCUGGUUCUGGCGCUGGCAGAAACGCCACGGCAUUUCCAGCCAACGCAUCUACGGCGAGGCCGAGCCCCCGGCCGCGGGCCCCGCGCCCGGCCCGCCAGUCAAGCAGGAGCCCGCGCAGCCCCCCGGCGCCGGCCCCUUGCAGGACCGCGCCCCGGCCCAGCCGCCCCCCGCCGAGGGCGGCUACGGCGACGAGCAGAUCUACAACGCCAACGUCACCGGUCUCUACUGGAAGCUGCUUCCGGAGCAGGCCGCGCCCCUGGGCACGGGGGGCUGCGGCCGGCGCUGGCGGGGCGACCGGGUGACGGUGCUGCUGGCCGCUAACCUGACCGGCAGCCACAAGCUGAAGCCGCUGGUCAUCGGGCAGCUGCCAGACCCGCCCAGCCUGCGCCACCACAACCAGGACAAAUUCCCGGCCUCCUACCGCUACAGCCCCGACGCCUGGCUGAGUCGCCCGCUGCUGCGGGGCUGGUUUUUUGAGGAGUUCGUCCCGGGCGUCAGGCGCUACCUGCGCCGCAGCUGCUUGCAGCAGAAGGCCGUGCUGCUGGUCGCCCACCCGCCCUGCCCGAGCCCUGCGGCCAGGAUACCCACCCUAGAGGAGAGUGAGGAGACCCCCAGGCGGUGUCGGCCUGAGUCCCUCGGCCCCCCGGAGGAGCUGCAGACCCCCGACGGGGCCGUUCGGGUGCUGUUCCUGUCCAAGGGCAGCAGCCGGGCGCACAUCCCUGCCCCGCUGGAGCAGGGGGUGGUGGCCACCUUCAAGCAGCUGUACAAGCGGGAGCUGCUGCGGCUGGCCGUGUCCUGUGCGGGGGGCUCCCCGCUGGACUUCAUGCGCAGCUUCAUGCUCAAAGACAUGCUCUAUCUGGCCGGCCUCUCCUGGGACCUAGUGCAGGCGGGCAGUAUCGAGCGCUGCUGGCUGCUGGGCUUGCGGGCGGCUUUUGAGCCCCGGCCAGCAGAGGAGUGUGCUGGGCAGCUGGCCAGCCAGGCCGAGGAGGCUGCUGAGCACAGCAGGGUGCUCAGUGACCUCACGCACCUGGCAGCCCUGGCCUAUAAGCGCCUGGCACCCGAGGAGGUGGCUGAGUGGCUGCACCUGGACGAUGAUGGGGGGCUGCCCGACAGCGGCAGAGAGGAGGCAGGCCCCGGCCGGCCCCCUGCGCUGGCCCCUGUGGCCCCUCCACCUCCAGCCAGCCUACCGUUUGUCUUGGGGGGUGGAGAGGAGGAGGAGGCCACCGUGCCCACCGCUGGGGAGGCUGUUCGGGGUCUGGAGACGGCUCUGCGGUGGCUGGAGAACCAGGACCCCCGGGAGGUGGGGCCACUGAAGCUGGUUCAGCUGCGCUCACUCAUCAGCAUGGCCCGGAGGCUGGGGGGCAUUGGGCCCUCGCUGGCAGUCCCUGAUGAUGGGGUGUGACCAAGCCUGCCCGAGGGGCCCCCCCAGUGGCCUUUCUUCUGCUGCACUUGGAGGGAGGGGACACACAUGGUCUCCCCAUCUCCCCUCCUCCCCUCUCCUGGGGUGACCCACACCGUGGCUCGGGGUCCUGGGUCAAAGCCCAGCCUGUCUUGGAGGGGCUCUGUUGGUGAAAGGUCAUCCCGCUCCACUGGUCCUGUCUCCUGGGGGGGCUAGAAAAGCCGCCCAGGCUCACGCUCCUCUUCUCUGGGCAAG